ACCUCCUACCGGGACCCGCGUCGGGAGGAGGGCCGGCGGGUCUCAGCGUCUCUCUGUCCCCCAGGUUUCCACUCCCUGAGGUAUUUCGACACCGCGUGGUCCCGGCCCGGGAGCGGGGAGCCCCGCUUCGUCACCGUCGGCUACGUGGACGACACGCAGUUCGUGCGGUUCGACAGCGACGCCGCGAAUCCGAGGGAGGAGCCGCGGGCGCCGUGGAUGGAGCGGCCGUGGGUGGAGCAGGAGGACCCGCAGUACUGGGAGCGGGAGACCCAGAUCUCCCGGAACAACGCAGAGACUUUCCGAGUGGACUUUAAAACCCUGCGCGGCUACUACAACCAGAGCGAGGCCGGGUCUCACACCAUACAGCUGAUGCACGGCUGCGACGUGGGGCCGGACGGGCGCCUCCUCCGCGGGUACCAUCAGUUCGCCUACGACGGCGCGGAUUACAUCGCGCUGAACGAGGACCUGCGCUCCUGGACCGCGGCCGACCUGGCGGCUCAGAACACCCGGCGCGAGUGUGAGGAGGCCGGUGUGGCGGAGCUCCGCAGGGCCUACCUGGUUGGGGAGUGCGUGGAGUGGCUCCUCAAAUA